AUGGUGUUCGAUGAUAAAUUGACGUCACUGGGAAACGACGGGGGAUCUGCAGGCCCGACCGGGACGCCUGCCUGCCGCUCGGCCAACGAGAAGGAUGCUCAAGGUAUCUUGAAUGGGCACGAGCCGGGUGGACGGGAGCUGGACGGUGCCGAUGAACAUGACCCCAGGGGUCCCGGCGAGACUGCUUCCGACCAAGAUGGGCCCUCCAGUUCCGACCCCGAGAAUCUCGGGCGAGUCUCGGGCGGCCCGGCGUACAGCACCUUCUCAAGGUCUACCAGACGGUGGGUGGUAGCGAUGGUGACCCUCUCGAGCUUUAUCUCGCCCAUGACGGCCAACAUCUACUUCCCGGCCCUCAACCCCAUCGCCGCCGACCUGGGGGUUUCCAUCGGCCUUAUCAACCUGACUCUCACAACCUACAUGAUCCUCCAGGGCAUAUCGCCCACCCUAUUCGGCGAAUUCGGCGACGUGGCGGGGAGGCGGCCGGCCUUCAUCGUUGCUGUCUCAAUCUAUAUCGUUGCCAAUAUCGGCCUCGCCCUGCAGAAUAACUACAUCGCUCUGCUCAUCCUUCGGAUGAUCCAGAGUGGUGGGAGCAGCGGCACACUUGCGCUGGGCUAUGCCGUCGUCGCGGACGUCGCCGUCAGCGGGGAGCGAGGGAAGUACAUGGGCAUUGUGGGUGCUGGAAUCAACGUGGGGCCGGCCAUUAGCCCCGUCCUCGGAGGUAUCCUGGCCGAGUACCUGGGGUGGCGGGCCAUCUUCUGGUUCUGCCUGAUCUUCUCCGGCCUCUGGCUGGUCCCGUAUAUCCUUUCGGUUCCCGAGACAUGCCGGAAUGUGGUGGGGAACGGGUCGAUCCCACCACCGCGCUUGAACAUGACGCUCCUGGACUAUAUCCGCCUCCGUCGGCGUCCUGCCAACGAGAGACCCAGCAGCAUGAAGAGAAAGCUACGCUUCCCAAAUCCCUUCCACACUCUGAAAGUAGUCUUCGAGAAGGACAUCGGCAUGAUAAUCUUCUACAACACGAUGCUGUACCUGGUCUUCAUCCUCAUAACCGCGACCCUCUCGACCCAGUUCGCCGAGAUCUACCACUACAACAACCUCCAGAUCGGGCUCUGCUACCUGCCCUACGGCGUGGGGUGUUGCAUCGCCUCGGUGGCGCAGGGCUACGUUCUGGACUGGAACUACCGGCGCAUCGCGCGGCGCAUCGGCUUCACCAUCGACCUGCGGCGCGGCGACGACCUGACGCACUUCCCCAUCGAGCGCGCGCGCCUGCAGCCCGUGCCGAGGCCCCGCUGCCCGCGCCCCUGGCCCCCGCUGUUCCUCAUCGGCCUCUGCGUCACGGGCUCCUUCUCCAUCCUCAGCACCCUCAUCGUCGAUCUGUACCCGGACAAGCCCGCCACCGCCAUCGCCGCAAACAACCUGUUCCGCUGCCUCUUUGGCGCCGGCGGCACCGCGUUGGUCGAGACCAUGCUCCGGGCCAUGGGGAGGGGCUGGUGCUAUACUUUCCUGGCACUGGUCGUUGUCCUGUUCUCGCCCAUCCUGUUUGUGUCCAUCAAGUGGGGGCCGAAGUGGAGGGAGGAGAGGAGGGCGAGGAAGCUGAAGGAGAGGGAAAAGGAGGAGGCUGAAAGGGAAGAGGCCGAGAGGGCUGAGACAUGA